CAGCUAAGAUCUUGACUGUACCAUUGCCAGCAACCAUGACUGCCAGCGCAACGUCAGAAAACUUGGAUGUUCAUCUCGAUAGUCUGCCGUACAUUGAUGGCGAAAUCUCCCCAGAACUAUCCGACGAAAUAGCUUCCCUCCUCUCCCACCCCCGACCCACCACACUACACCCCUCACUCAUACCCACACCCUACGAUACACCCCCGGAAGCUCCACCCAAAAUACAGACAUUUGACACAACCCGCCUACGUCUCGAUACUCCCUCAGAAUCAACAGUAGAAGCAUACAAAUCGGCAGUGGAGAAUGCGUGUGCGCAGUUGGAGCAUCAGAAUGCCCGUAUGGUGAACUUGGAAUUAGUGCAUAGCUUUGGGAGUAAUGCUUGGAAGUUGCACUGCUUUCAAUUGGAGUACUUGAAAAAGAAGGUAGACGCGCAGGUUGAACAAAUCAAAAAAGAGGUUUUGGAAGUGAAUAGGGAAAGGAAAAUGGGGCAGAUGAAAACCGGUCAAACACUCCAAACGCUUACAUACAAAUACUCUCAGCUUCUCAACCAAACGAUACAAGUCGACGCUGCGACACGACAGUUGCAACAGGAGGUAGAGCAUUUGCAAGCUGGGUGUGCACAAUUAGAGGCAAAGUGUGGUGUGAACGGAGAAUAAACCUUAUGUUGAAGACAAUAUAUCAACGAAAAAGACCAGUGUGUUUCAC